AAAACGUGAUUCUGUUCACUAUUGGUAAAAUUCUUCAUUUUAAAGGAUUUUGGAAGAAAGGAAUAAUUAUCCAGACUGUGAGGGAUCGAUUGUUUACUUCCUGCCAGUUCCUGGCCGCAGCAAAUGCGAGGAUUGAUGAUCGUGAAAAUUAUACUUUUGUAUAUUUUCCGGUUUACAUCUUCCUUUUGGUCCGGGAUAGUUUGCCUGUUGACAGUGAUGUCUGAUUGUCCGUCAUCCAUAAUACUUGAAAGCUAUCUACCAUACCUACGAUGUCUGUAGAACCAGAAUCGCCCCAACUGGGAAUCACUUCGGAAGAAUUUGAAAUUUACCAAAAACAAUUUAUCAAGGAGCGUGAUGAGAAAUACGCUUUACUGGAAAAGGUUCGGAGACUAGAACAAGAAAACGCUCGGCUGUCGGUCGAGAAACCUGAUAAAGAAUUUGAUGUGAAAAUUUUCAGGGAUAAGCUUCAAAAGCCACUUCACAGUUUACUAUCCCGAACCAAAAGGGAUUCGGAAGUAGAAUCCAAUAUCCAGCAAGAGAAUGAAGCACUUCAAAAACGUCUGCACAGUCAAGAGGAAGAUUUUCAGCGCCAGAAUUUUCUUCUCAUGCAGGAAUUGCAGAUCGCCAUUACGAAAAAUGAGGAACUAGAAAAACGGUUUAAAUCUCUCGUAAAUGUCGGCUCGGAAGGCAAUGUGUCGAAGGUGGCCGAGUUGGAAAAUGAAAUACGAAUACUGUUAUCCGAAUUGUCAGCUUAUCGAAAACCGAUCCCACCGUCUGCAUCCAUGGGGGAUGGACAGGCGGAUGAUAACAGUCAGUCUCUCGUAGCGGAUUUACAAUUCCGAAUCGCUGCUGCUACCGAAGAGAAGUCCCUCCUGCGCGAGCAGAUGGAGUCGGAAAGGCUUACUGCGCAAAAAAAUUUGGACGAGCUGGAGAAGACCGUGACCAAUCUGAAAACCGAUCUCCAGGCGAAGCAGUCUACUGUUCAGCUGCUGCUUGAAGAACGGGAUCAGAUUCAGAGAACGUUUAAUGAGCGUUUGAAUGCUGUGCUGACCGAAAAGGAAAAUCUUCGGCUGGUUUGCAAAAGUGAAUUGGACAAAGUUCGACAAGAAAAUUUCACAAUGCGACAGACGGUUGAAGAAGAAAAGGUUAUGGCAAGGGCACGCGUGGAAGAUAUUGAGCGCCAAAUGAAAGACUUGUUAGAACAAAUUGAUGUAACGGGACAACAGACCAAGCGAGAUACCGAUGAACUUUUAAGCGAGCACAAAAGGCAGAUUGCCGACCUAACGGAAAACGUGGAAAACAUAACAGCUGAAAACAAUUCUUUUCGAACUGAAGCCAAAAAUCGCGAAGAGGUUCUGAAACAUCUAAAUGAGGAGGUUAUGCGACUGACCACCGGUGAAGCAGAACUGUCUAAGUUAGCCGAUAAACGGAAAGCGACCAUUGAUGAUCUGAGUAUUCACCUGGAUAACCUCAAGCGGCAGCAUGAAGAAGAAAUUCACCAGAAGAAGCAGGAAAUUGCUCGGGCCAGUGAGCCAUUCCGACUUAAAUUAGAAUUAGCCUCGGCGGAAGCAUCCAAGGUUCCCAAUCUGACUGCAGAGGUUGAAUCCCUGCGGAAGGAAGCGACUGAACUGCGUGAUCAACAAAGACGAUGGCAGGAACAAGUUGCAGAGGUGAAACUAGGCUGUGCGAAUGAAAUUGCCGCACUUAAAACUGAUCUCAAAACGGUAACUGAUGAUUUGAAUGGUCUCCGAACUGAUUCGUCCGAAAAGAUUACCAGUCUAACCGAAGCGCUCCGUGCCAUGACGGAAGAGAGAAACUCUCUGGCCACUCGACUGGAUACUGAAAACUCUUCGCUACAACGUCAGAUUGGCGACAAGGCGGAGGAACUAAAGAUUGUUGAGCGGAAAAAUACUGCUGUUGUACGGGACCUGCAGAAGCAGCUGCAGGCCGAAAAGAAACGCUUGGAAAAAGUUCAGAAUCGUUUAAGUGAAGUACUACGGGAUGGAAACGUCCGGGUAAAGAGUGUGUCGGAGGAUUCGGCUGAUUUUACCGAACGGGAUGAAACUGGAAGUGUUUCUUCAUGGAGUUUUGUGUCCUCGAAAAGUGGUCAUAAGAAACGCGCAUCCGAUGUUCAGUCUGAGUUGUCUAAUACGGAAACCGAGACGGGUCUAGCAUCCACUAUGACGGAUCAGGAGAUUCGGGAUCUGUUAAAUCGUAUUACCAAAUUGCAACAAGAAAAAGCGGUUUUGAUAGAGCGGGUUACGAUGUUGGAAACUGGGCAUGCCACCUUGGCGGAAGAACUACUCAGUAAAUCAGCAGUCAUCAACCGAUUUUUGCAGACCGUUUCAACCAGUGGCAGUGGUCAGCAGCCGAAGGAGCAGGAAGUGUUUUCGUUGCGUAAUGUCGUGGAACGACUAGGAAAAGAGAAAUCGAAUGAUAUGGAGACGCAAAAUCUUCGACAUCUUCUUGAAGAAACUCUUACAAAAAACAUUCACUUGCAAAAGAAUAUGGAACUGCUGACUGAAGAAUUGGAUCGAUUACGUGGCUCUUCUCCUUAAAGUGCUGAGGCAACAUUCUGAAUAAUCUGAUUGGAAAUUUAAUUAGAUUUUUGAAGCUUUACUUAUUUUCCUGCCAUUUAUGUCGAAAGUGAGAUUUCUCCUAGUUUUGGUCUGUUUUCGUGUUUUGUACAGACUGUGUUGUUAUUGGUCUUUCUGUACAAAUAUACAAGCCGAUGAAGCUGUGUUCAAAU